CAACUGGUGUCUGUGGAGAAGCUGCCCAAGUACGCCCAGGCUGGCUUCGAGGGCUUUAAAACCCUCAACCGGAUUCAGAGCAAACUCUACCGCGCCGCGCUGGAGUCGGAUGAGAACCUGCUGCUGUGCGCUCCCACGGGGGCUGGAAAGACGAACGUGGCGCUGAUGUGCAUGCUGCGGGAGAUCGGGAAGCACAUCAACAUCGACGGCACCAUCAACGUGGAUGACUUCAAGAUCAUCUACAUUGCACCCAUGAGGUCCUUGGUGCAGGAGAUGGUGGGCAGCUUUGGGAAGCGCCUGGCGACCUACGGCAUCAACGUGGCCGAGCUGACGGGGGACCACCAGCUGUGCAAGGAGGAGAUCAGCGCCACCCAGAUCAUCGUCUGCACCCCGGAGAAGUGGGACAUCAUCACCCGCAAGGGGGGCGAGCGCACCUACACCCAGCUUGUGCGACUGGUCAUACUGGAUGAGAUCCACCUCCUGCACGACGACCGAGGGCCCGUCCUGGAGUCACUGGUGGCCAGAGCCAUCCGCAACAUUGAGAUGACCCAGGAGGACGUGAGGCUGGUGGGGUUGAGCGCCACCCUGCCCAACUACGAGGACGUGGCCACCUUUCUGCGGGUGGAUCCGGCCAAAGGCUUGUUCUAUUUUGACAACAGCUUCCGGCCGGUGCCCCUGGAGCAGACCUAUGUGGGGAUCACAGAGAAGAAAGCGAUCAAACGCUUCCAGAUCAUGAACGAGAUUGUCUAUGAGAAGAUCAUGGAGCACGCGGGGAAGAACCAGGUCCUGGUGUUCGUUCACUCCAGGAAGGAGACUGGGAAGACCGCCCGGGCCAUCAGGGACAUGUGUCUGGAGAAAGAUACCCUGGGCCUCUUCUUGAGGGAGGGCUCUGCCUCCACCGAGGUGCUGAGGACCGAGGCUGAGCAGUGCAAGAACCUGGAGCUGAAGGAUCUCCUUCCUUACGGCUUUGCCAUUCACCAUGCGGGGAUGACGCGGGUGGACCGGACGCUGGUGGAGGAUCUCUUUGCUGACAAGCACAUCCAGGUGCUGGUCUCCACAGCCACGCUGGCCUGGGGUGUGAACCUCCCUGCUCACACUGUCAUCAUCAAGGGGACACAGGUCUACAGCCCCGAGAAGGGGCGCUGGACCGAGCUGGGGGCUCUGGACAUCCUGCAGAUGCUGGGCCGUGCUGGGAGGCCUCAGUACGAUACCAAAGGAGAGGGGAUCCUCAUCACAUCCCACGGUGAGCUCCAGUAUUACCUGUCCCUGCUCAACCAGCAGCUCCCCAUUGAGAGUCAGAUGGUGUCAAAGCUCCCAGACAUGCUGAAUGCAGAGACUGUGCUCGGCAACGUCCAGAACGCGAAGGAUGCAGUGAAUUGGCUGGGAUACACCUACCUGUACAUCCGGAUGCUGCGCUCCCCCACUCUCUAUGGCAUCUCCCACGAUGACCUGAAGGGGGAUCCGCUGCUGGACCAGCGCCGCCUGGACCUGGUGCACACAGCAGCCCUCAUGCUGGACAAGAACAACCUCGUGAAGUACGACAAGAAGACAGGGAACUUCCAGGUGAGACACGUNNGCCGCAUCGCCAGCCACUACUACAUCACCAACGAGACGAUGCAAACCUACAACCAGCUGCUGAAACCCACCCUCAGUGAAAUCGAGCUCUUUCGGGUCUUCUCCCUGUCCUCCGAGUUCAGGAACAUCACCGUGAGGGAGGAGGAGAAGCUUGAGCUUCAGAAGCUGCUGGAGCGAGUUCCCAUCCCAGUGAAGGAGAGCAUAGAGGAGCCCAGUGCCAAGAUCAACGUGCUCCUCCAGGCCUUCAUCUCCCAGCUGAAGCUGGAAGGGUUUGCCCUCAUGGCAGACAUGGUGUAUGUAACCCAGUCUGCUGGGAGGCUCAUGAGGGCCAUCUUCGAGAUCGUCCUGAACCGUGGCUGGGCCCAGCUCACCGACAAGACCCUCAACCUCUGCAAGAUGAUCGACAAACGCAUGUGGCAGUCCAUGUGUCCUCUGCGACAGUUCAAGAAGCUGCCUGAGGAAGUGGUGAAGAAAAUUGAGAAGAAGAAUUUCCCCUUCGAGCGGCUCUAUGACCUGAACCAUAACGAAAUAGGGGAACUGAUCCGAAUGCCCAAGAUGGGCAAAACCAUCCACAAGUACGUUCAUCUGUUCCCAAAGCUGGAGCUCUCGGUCCACUUGCAGCCCAUUACCCGCUCCACGCUGAAAGUGGAGCUCACCAUAGCUCCUGACUUCCAGUGGGAUGAAAAGGUUCAUGGUUCAUCCGAAGCUUUCUGGAUCCUGGUGGAGGACGUGGACAGUGAAGUGAUCCUG